UUCACACCCUACGGUAAAUACGGAUACGGACCGUUUCGUCCGGUCCCGGAGGUGUUUCAUCCGUCAAUGGGUCAGUCGUCUCUGAGCUUACGAAUCCGGAGGCCUCCGGGAGAAACGGAGCAAUACCACCGGAAAUCGAGGCGGCAGUAUAGAGUCAGAAGUCAGACCAUUCGUGAAAAUAGAUAGAGUAGUAUAAUAUCUGAUAUGUAUAUUGUAUUAAACGUUUUAUACUGAUAUUAUUAUAUAUACCUGACCUUUUUAUUUUAUUGUUCCCCUGCUUUGGCAAUGAGUUGUAACUAGUCAUUUAAAAAUGGCGCAACAUUUUGAGGAGAUAAUCUGCGGGUUGGUGAGGGGUGUCACAUUCCACCGCCGCCUAGGCCUACACCUUUUGCACUUUUUUUUUUGCCGAUUUCGGAUGACACAAAGCAAAAACAUCUCCUCUACAGAUGCCAUGUUUGCGAUCGUCGAUGCUGUUAAUUUUUGACAGGACAGUCACUGCCCUCUAGAGGACGUAUUGCGUAACAUCCAUAACAACGCUGAAUCCGGAGGUAUGAAGGGUAGUCCCGGAGACAACGUUUGGAACGGACGGACGAAUUUCGUCCGGAUUCGGAGGAAAAUAAAGGAAAGAAAAUUCAACAGUUCCGCCUCCGUCUCCCUGAUGCUUGACCAUCGUUACACUGGUGCCGUGACCUUGUGAUCCCAGAUCAGCUUGAUGCAGAUCGCCGCGCCGAGGGAGCUGCGUAGAAAUCUAGGAACGCUGUCUGUACUGCAGUUUCGUUUAUGGUCAGGUACUCGGGCUGCCAAUGAAUGAGGUUUCUGAGUGAACUGUUGUGAUAAUAAUUCAUAUCUGAAUAAGUUAUUUUACUGUUAUUUUUUUAUUAUAUUUUUUUUUACCCCCCCAUUUCUCAUUUUGUGGUGGAAUGGCUAGUAAGUUAAAGCCAGGUGAUGAGUCUGGAAUUAGCCCGUUCUCUUUCGGGAGGGGUAGGGGUCUGAUGGGAGGUUGUUUAAAGCCUAGGGAGUCUUUUGGGAUGGAUGUGGGUGCUUCUCCUGUGUUGCCUGCAGGAAAUAGGGAUUUAGGGUUGGAACAGGGCCCGACGGAAUCGCCUGGGCAGAUGUCGCAAGAUAGGCCGCACCAUUCAACUCCUUAUGAUGAGAAUGCCACACUGCAUCAGUUAACUGAUAUGAUUUCACUGUUAGGCUCACAGAUAGGCCAGUCUAUUACAGCGUCACUUGUUUCUAAUGGCGUCAUUGGUGGGGUUGGUCGGGGUAAUACCCCUAUGCGCCAUGCAGGUGACACACAGUUCAGUCUACACAACGCUGAGAGCACCCAGCCUAGUGGUGAUACAAGUAGACUUAGUGAAAACACACACGUUAAUGUUGUUGUACGGUCUGACAAGGAGCCUGUCAUUUUCAGGGGUGAUAAUACUGACAAAUACACGGUGGAGGAAUGGGUUGAGUUAAUGAAAGCAUACAUCAAGAAACAGAAGUGUGAUGUUUCUUCACAGAUAGAGGUUGUGAUGGGGAGGUUGAUGGGGAAAGCCAGGGAUGUGGUUAAGGUUGGCCUGAGGAGCGACCCCUCACUUCAGUCUUCAUGCACACCAGAGGUCAUGUAUAGAAUGCUGACACAGUAUUUUAGUAACACAUCCUCAUGCCUGCCCCUCCAAGAUUUCUAUUCAACUCUGCCCAACCAGAGGGAGAAUCCCGUUGAUUAUUGGCUACGCCUUAACAAGGCUGCCGAUGUAGCCGAGGAGGGUCUGAAGCGUCAGGGCAGACGCAUGGAGGAUAUCGGAGGGGAGAUUUCCAAGAUGUUUGUGAAGCACUGCCCGGAUCUAGAGUUUGCGUCUGUGUUCAAACAUAAGCAGAUACAUGAAUGGUCAACAAAGGAAGUACAGGAGAGGGUAGAUGAGUACCAGCGUGAGCAGGUGUCCUCAGUAAAAGUGCAUGUGCCUAAGACUCAUGCAGCUGCACGGAUUUGCCAUGAAACACACACAGAGCCCUGCAACACCUCUGACAUGGAGACGUCCCGUGCUAAUGUCCUCUCUCCUCCAGCUAUCUCUUUAGUGCAGGGGUCUUCAACGUUUUUCAGGCCACGGACCCCCAAACUGAUGGAGAGAUGGAGCGGGGACCCCCUACUUAUAUAUUAUAUAAAAUUGUGUUUUAUAUUAAACUGGUCCUAUGGUGCCAUGUACAAAAUUAACCUUGUUAUUGUGCAUUCAAUACUAAGAUAUUCAAAUAAUACGUAGGUUCAUAUGUUCAUGUUUUUAUUUUAAACAUGUGCAAGGUACAGUAAGUAAACUGUAAACAUAACAGACAUUUUUAAAACAUAAAUGUGGAAAGGAAAAUUAGUGAUGCUUGUUAGUGCCACUGGCAUGCAUAAACAUACCUGCUAUCUUGCAUUAAAUACUGAGACAAUUAGAAGUGGAAGAACAGCUCAUCGGAAUAGAAAAGGAUCAUAUAUACGCCUCAAUCGGAAUACAAUUCUCUCUCGGUUUGGGGUGGGUGCGGCUAUUUUUUAACCUAGAGAUGGCAUAAGCAGCUUCAGUAGUUCGCAAUUGGUCGGCGUCGGCCUAUAGGCUACUUUUAUGCACAUCGACCGCUUUCAAGGAAAGUCGAUUUUUUGCCUCAUUCACGUCUUUCUUAUCACUCUGCAGUCCGGUAAUUUAUCAACCCUGGCGAGUGACGUCAAGGUCUUUGGCGGAAUAUUUCUCUGCUUUCACUACGAAUGGUAAAAAUAAAAAAAUAAAAAAAGGCACACCGUG